GAAGCCAUUACUUGACGUGACUUGACAUCGCAACGCUGUCUCACCUGUCUUGAAUAAAAAUUUAAGAAAUGGCACCGAUUCGAUCCUUGGGCGUGUUCGCCAGCAUUGUUAUAUUUUAUUUAUUUGCUAUCAGAGAAGGUACUGGUAUCAAAUGCUGGGUAUGCAGAUCCUUGGAAGAUCCCAAAUGUGCUGAUCCGUUUGACAACACAUCCACACCCUUUUUCGACUGUGCCACCUUCCCUGAAGUAACUCACCUACCAGGUGUGAAGGCCACCAUGUGCAGAAAAAUCCGUCAGAAGGUGAAUGGAGAGUGGAGAUACAUUCGCUCUUGUGCCAGGCUUGGAGAGCCUGGUAUCGGUGGAGAUGAACGUUACUGCCUUCAAAGAUCAGGGACAUUCAACAUUCACAUUGAAAGCUGUACCUGCAACAGCAAGGAUGGAUGUAAUGCCGCCAGCUCAAUGCUACCUUUGAAUCUCAUGAUGUUAGGUUCUGUUUCCUCAGUUUUAGCCCUAUACCACCUCAACAGGUUGUAAUGUGUGUAAUCUAUCUGAUUUAUCUCCACAUCAUAGUAAUAUGAAUCUCAAGCCAUUUUAUUCAUUCCAUUCAAGCCGUCCAACCGCCUGAAUUUUUACGCCGUCCAUAAAGUGCCUUUUUAUCAGUGAAAUGAAAACGACUACACACAUGUAGAAAAUAAACGAUUGUUUUUAAGUC